UGAAGCCCAACAACCAAAAACUGAUUCCACUUUCCAACCUCACUUGUAAAUAAUUGGUUGGAUUACUCAAUUCCAUUAGUUGUGUACUUGUGUUAAACCCCCUCACUCUCUCUCCUCGCUUCUUUACGUCCGCCAUUUUUCUCACCUAAAACCUUCAGUUUUGGGUUUAUCUGAGGUCAGAGUUCGACAGUAUUAAGCUAUAAUAGUCAACAAAGAUGCAAGCUGCUCUUGUCGUUCCGAAUGUGGGUUCAAACUUCGCUGCUCCCUGCAUUUCAAAACGAUUAGCUCCAAAUGCUCAUAGCUAUCGGCCUUUGAAAUGUGUUGCUUCACUCUCAAGUCCAACAGCCGAACCACAGACAGUUGUUACAUCAGAAUCCACAGGGGGAAAGCUCAACAAGUACAGCUCUCGCAUUACUGAACCUAAGUCUCAAGGUGCCUCGCAAGCUGUUCUUUAUGGAGUUGGACUGUCAGAAGAUGAUAUGAGCAAACCUCAGAUUGGUAUUUCAUCGGUUUGGUACGAAGGUAAUACUUGCAAUAUGCACCUGUUAGAGCUAGCAGAAGCAGUGAAAGAGGGAGUCCAAGAGGCCGGGAUGAUUGGCUUUAGGUUCAACACUAUUGGUGUUAGUGAUGCUAUCUCGAUGGGUACUAGAGGCAUGUGUUACAGUUUGCAAUCACGGGAUUUGAUUGCUGAUAGUAUUGAGACGGUUAUGUCUGCUCAAUGGUAUGAUGGAAACAUCUCUAUCCCUGGAUGUGAUAAAAAUAUGCCGGGUACAAUCAUGGCUAUGGGACGCCUUAAUAGGCCAGGCAUCAUGGUCUAUGGUGGUACGAUCAAGCCUGGUCAUUUUCAAGGUCAUACGUUGGACAUUGUUAAUGCGUUCCAGUGUUACGGGGAAUUCGUUAGCGGGUCUAUUAAUGAUGAACAAAGAAUGAAUGUCAUCCGUAAUUCCUGUCCUGGAGCAGGAGCUUGUGGUGGUAUGUAUACUGCAAAUACCAUGGCAUCAGCUAUUGAGGCUAUGGGAAUGUCUAUUCCUUACAGCUCGUCAACACCAGCUGAAGACCCUCUGAAACUAGAUGAAUGCCGUCUUGCUGGAAAAUAUCUCCUCGAACUGCUUAAAAUGGACUUAAAGCCACGAGACAUAAUAACUGAGAAAUCUCUGCGGAAUGCAAUGGUUGUGGUGAUGGCCCUUGGUGGGUCGACCAAUGCUGUCUUGCAUCUAAUUGCUAUUGCCAGGUCCGUUGGUGUAGACUUAACUCUUGAUGACUUUCAGAAGAUAAGCGAUCAGGUUCCAUUCCUUGCAGACCUUAAGCCAAGUGGAAAAUACGUUAUGGAAGAUUUACAUAAGGUUGGUGGCACACCUGCAGUGAUUCGCUACCUUCUUGAGCUAGGAUUUCUAGAUGGGGACUGCAUCACUGUUACUGGGAAAACAUUGGCAGAGAAUGCCAGACUCUUCCCAGCCUUGGCUGAAGGUCAGCAAAUAAUACGGUCAUUGUCAAACCCCAUUAAGGAAACGGGGCAUAUACAGAUAUUGUAUGGUAAUCUUGCUCCAGAGGGCUCUGUAGCAAAAAUUACAGGAAAGGAAGGACUAUAUUUUUCUGGUCCAGCCCUUGUUUUUGAAGGAGAAGAAGCUAUGAUAACUGCUAUUUCAGAAGACCCCCAGAGUUUCAAGGGUAAAGUAGUAGUCAUUAGAGGAGAAGGGCCAAAAGGUGGACCUGGCAUGCCUGAAAUGUUGACACCAACUAGCGCUAUAAUGGGAGCAGGACUGGGAAAGGAUGUGGCUCUCCUAACUGAUGGAAGGUUUUCAGGAGGUUCACAUGGAUUUGUUAUUGGUCAUGUUUGCCCUGAAGCACAAGAGGGUGGACCAAUAGGUUUGGUGCAGAAUGGAGACAUCAUCACGAUUGACGUUGGGAAAAAGAUUAUGGAUGUUCAGCUGACGGACGAAGAGAUGGAGGAGCGAAAAAGAAAGUGGACCGCACCUGCAUACAAAGCUAACAGGGGAGUACUGUACAAGUAUAUCAAGAAUGUGCAGUCAGCUUCAAGGGGCUGUGUAACUGAUGAGUAGCCAGAUGAGAAAGCAUUGAUUUAUUUAAAGCGAAAACAUCUUCGCAUUCUUGAUUCUAGUUUGGGAUUUUGAAAAAUCCCACAGAUGUGUGUUGGCUUGAGCUUUUUGUUUACCGGUUGUAGUUUUAGUGCUUGUAAUCUAGUCUGUUGUACGUUUUAUGAGGUCUAGUAUUCUUCGAACAGAAACGCUGAGCAACUCAGCAUUUUGGAGGAGAAAGGGAUUAUUGAUUGAAAUUAUGCCUGUGCUGAAGUUGCUGGGCAAAAAUAAAUUCACCAAAGUUUUUGCAUGUUUUAA